GUGGAUAUCGGAAAGAAAUGAACUGCUGGUGUGUUUUAAAGGGAUAUAGAUCUGCACGCAGCUCAUCAUCCGGUUUGAUCCGGACUGUCACAAUGGCGUGUGAACGUGAUUAUGCCAAAGUGACCACGCGGCCGGCCUGUCGUCAAGCCAGCCAGCAGCCUUUCAAGUUUCAAACCACACCGCCAUGAUCGUCUUCCCUCGCUGCUCCACUGUUGCUUCGCAGCCAAGCCCCCGUCGUCUCGGGCGCCGCGUGCUUCAUUCUCCUCCCCGCGACAAAGCAAGGAAUCCGGAGCAAAGGCAAGGGUCAUCAGGUUAGUAGCGAAAGCACGGGGACCCAUCCCUAAACCACAACCCAAGAACCGCGGACGCGUGCACGCGCAGUCCUCCGCCUCUCUCCCUCUCCCCCCGCGCACUACCAUGGCCGGCGGCGUAACCCCGAGCCCCACGCAAACAAGCCGUGUCUCGCCGAGGGCAAUGGCGAUCCCUUCCGGCCUGGUGCCCGCGGCCCUGCUGCUCGCGGCCGCCGUCGGGCUCCUCGCGCUGCUGCCUUCGCUGGCCCAAGCGGUGUGGGAGGUGCCCCACCUCGUCCUCCUCGGCCUCGUCAUCUCCUACGGCGUCCUCACCCAGAGGAACGCCGACGCCGGCGGCAAUGGCAACAACGCCGCCAAGGAGGGCUCGGUGGCGUGGAACGCGCGGUACCACCCCGACGGCCCCCUCGUCGUGGUCGCGGAUCACGCGUCGCCGAGCCCGAGGGUCGUGGGCGGCGGCGCCCGGGAGAGGCCGCUUUCCUUGCCGGUGAGGAGGCUGAAGACCGCGCCGUCUUCGGCUAAGGAGUCCGAAACCGACGGCGACGGCGGUGACGCCUUGGGUGAAGAGACGGAUAGCUGCGCGUCGUCGUCGGGGUUCUGGGCCGGCGCGCGCGCCGUCCCUUCGCCGCCCUCUGUUCUCGACGCCGACAUGGGCCUGUCGUCUCCGUGCUCGCAGCCACAGUCGUCACGGCCCUUCUUUACCCACAGCGCCGACACGUCCCACGGCCUCAACGCCGCGACGCCGUCUGCCGUCUCGAGAGGUUUCGUCCCGGGUCACCGUCCUCCGGUGCCCCGCGACCAGCCGUGGAGCGACGACGACGGCGAGGCCACCGACUGGGACGACGAGGACGACGCCGACGUGUCGGACGGGAUGGCCGUGUCUUCAGAGAGAUCGGUCCGCGGCUACUUCGCAGCUGCCUGCACCAAUGAUUAUCACAGCGAAGCAGGCGACGGCGACACGUCUGUGGACGAAGAGCUUGUCGAGCUGGCGGCGAAGGCGGCGCCGGACGGGGAGGAGGAGGUGGACAGGAAGGCCGAUGAGUUCAUCGCCAAGUUCAGGGAGCAGAUCAGGCUGCAGAGACACUAGCAGCCGCCCAUGGCGCAUGCAUUGCCAAUUUGCCAUCCUUGGAUCCAUGCAUGCUCUGCCAAAUGCCGAAUGGCGACUGUUGUAGUCGUACGUAUUUGUUCAUCCGUUCAUAUCCAUCUGUAACAUCGUGUUUCUGGCCUGUAUCAUUUCUCUUGUUUUUUUGGGUGCUUCGACACAAAUGUAACUUGGAGCCGGAGACACGUACGGGUGUACAUGAUGAAUUGGAAAUUACACGGCGUUUAUUCA